AUGUGGGCUACCAGCAGCAUGAUCAGUGAAAGCGGCUGCAGCGAGAGUUCUCGCGGGGUGCGUCUCGAAUGCGACCCCAAGCAACGACGACUUACUAUCACGGGUGGAAUGGACGACACGGAUGCCUCAGGCUUGAAUGUUCAGCUGUCGGACCAAGAGAUCGUCACUGAUCUAUUGGCGACUCUCCCCAAGCUCAAAGCCGCGGUAGAGGACCACGAGAACAGGGCACCGAAUUGGCUUCGUAAGUCUAAAAGCGGUGAGGCCGUCGAGAUAUUCGAGUUGCUGCCUACUCGAGAUGGCAAAGGAGACGACAUGGAUCUUGUGCACUCCGUGGUGGCGACGAUCGAGAUCGAGUGUCAUUUAAACGAGGUGCUGAACGUGUUGACAAGCCACAAGACCAACCACGACUUGGAGGCCUCGAUGCGCGCUAUUAUCCCUAAAAAGAAGGUCCGACAAGGUGAAGUGUUGCUACAACCGCAUGCUACGACGCUCGACGGUGCACCUAUUAGACACACUAGACUCACGCAGAAAUCUACAAGAGGAGGCAAGACAGUGAGAUUCGACAACACGAGUAUUCCCGAGGAUGAAGAGGAGGACGAUUCAGAGCGUAAAGUGCUGGUCAGUGUUAGUAUGACGCGUUUUAAAUCCAAGCGAAGGCUCGACGUGCGUGGCCGACUGCGCAACCGCCACCAACGUCUGCAGAAGCUUUGUCUUGCCACUCUGACGCACCAGUUCGUGGGGAAACAACGCGCUGUUCACGUAAUCAAGACGCUGCCUCGAUCAGUGCACGACCAACUCGCUCCUAUUGAGGAGAAACAUCAGAGCAGAUCAGUGCUGGGCAGUGGCCUACGUGGCCUUGAUCAUAUCUCAGUAGGCUUCGACAUCCAGACGAGGAACGUCCACUGCAUCGGAGCUAGAGGCGCCGCUCAAUCGACCAAGAUCAUUGCGCACGGAUACGCGUCCGUGACGCCUCCAGAGCAGUUCGGUCAACAGCAGCAACGCACCAUGACGUCGUACAGUCCUUCGGAGCUGGCCAACUACCGUUCGUCCCAUGUGAAUGCAGAAGCCAAGCACGUGAUUGAGUUAUUGACGACUUCGUUGAUGCAAUUCGAGCGCGUGAUUCGCCGACGACGCCUCGGAUUGCAGACGUUUAUCAAGCUCAAGUCUGGGGACCGAGGCAGCGACCGCCAGAGCUUCCAGACCUGCGAAGUGUGCAACAACCGGUUCUCUCUCCUUCGUAGAGAAUUCCACUGCCAGCUCUGUGGCCACGUGUGUUGUGGAGAUUGCUCCAAGCAGUACGAGGUGGAAGCUAACGUCGGAGAGGUGACCAAGAAGAGACUGUGCGUGCGCUGUAUCACGAAUGUGGACUCGUGUAUCUUCGAGGACGAGGACUUUAUGGUGGCUCUUGGUCCAGCGGUGAUUGACGACUACGACGGAGAGUACGACGAAAACUUUGACGAGGAAUACGAGAGCGAGUGCGAGUACGAUCGUCGGGACGAGAACGACACGUACGCGAGUAUCGGCUCCACUGUCGCGUGCUCGGAGUUCGACAGCAACGGCAGCCCCGACGACGUUUCUUCGGAUCUGUACCCCGAGAACGUGUUGGAGCGCUCUAGAGCGUUGCAGACACUCGACCGCCUGGUGAACUCUCAGAUUAAAGCAUCGGGCAAGCUGAGUCUUUUCGAGCGAUCUCGACUCACGCAGUCGCAGCUGAACCACCACUUAACGCAGAGUCAGCUUAGUCAUCAGCUCAGUCAAUCGCAGACGCGAUUUAAGGACACGCAGCUCACACAGAGCCAGCUAAGCCAAUCCCCAUCUCAGCUCACGCAGAGCCAACUGAGCCAAAGUCAGUCUCAAUUCAAGCAGUCUCGGUUCAAACAGGCCCAAUUCGACGAGUCCAUCGUAGCGCAACUUCGUGCAGACGUCGAGGACCACCUGAAGCGAACUCUACGCGCUACGCUGCGAGACACGAGAAGGAACUUCGCAGGUGCAGACGAGUCGCAGUUCUCCAUCGCUCCACUGGAACGUGACUACCAGCUCGAGUUCGAUGGCAGUCAGACGAUGUCUCCGUCUCACCCGUUGCCUCCUAAGCCACUGCCAGCUCAAGAGCGACGACGACUGCAGUAUGUUAUCAGUUCCGGUGCCUUGAGCCCCACGUACGACCGUGGUGCACUCAAUAUGCUGGGCCAGAUCGCUGCUGCUAACUUGAACUGCCCCAUUGGAUACGUGACGAUGAUUGAUCAGUCCACACAGUACGUUGUUGGUCUGCACCCUCGUGGGGCUAUCGGAAUGUCCAUUCCUCGUGAGGAAUCCAUGUGCUCGUACACCAUCUACCACGAACGUCCACUGGUAGUGAAGAACGCAUUGAACGACAUCCGCUUCAGUCACAUGGGCUUCGUGAGCCAAACGGGGCUUCGAUUCUACGCCGGGUUCCCCAUCCGAGCACCCGACAGUGCCGUAGUGGCCACCAUUUGUGCAGCCGACUAUAAGCCGCACAAGUACAUCUCUGCCAAGCAGUACGCCGAAAUGGAGGCGUUGGCAGAAUUGGCGAGCACGCUCAUUAUCACUCCAGACAUCGAGGUCAAGACCGCCAAGCGAGACGCACACGCGUUCCCACGAUUUUAG